AACAGAUAAUAGAGUCUGAAUGGUUGAAUACAAGUAAAAUACGAAUCAUAAAUAUGUAUAUAAUAUUUCGAAUAAUAUAAUGAAUGAUCGCAGUUAAACGAGAUUUAAGGUUUUUAAAACGCUUAUUAGUCGUUAUACAACACUUAAUUUUAUUUGCAAAUGUCAGUUUUCUGAGUGGUGCCGAGUUUGUGCUGCAGUGAAAAUUUAUUUUUCCGAAAACAAUUUUUAUUUUUAUAAUUAAUACCAGCAUUUAACUUUGAAACAUAAACUUUUGUCAAAUAAUUAGACAAAAUGCCGCGUAUUAUGAUUAAAGGUGGCGUUUGGCGCAAUACCGAAGAUGAAAUUCUCAAAGCGGCGGUGAUGAAAUAUGGCAAAAAUCAAUGGUCACGUAUUGCUUCACUGUUACAUCGGAAAUCUGCAAAGCAAUGUAAAGCGCGUUGGUAUGAGUGGUUAGAUCCAAGUAUUAAGAAAACGGAAUGGUCACGAGAGGAAGAUGAGAAAUUAUUGCACUUGGCUAAGCUAAUGCCAACGCAAUGGCGCACAAUUGCACCAAUUAUUGGACGAACCGCUGCGCAGUGCUUGGAACGUUAUGAAUAUCUUCUGGAUCAAGCUCAAAGAAAAGAAGAUGGCGAAGAUGCAACUGAUGAUCCACGAAAAUUGCGACCAGGUGAAAUUGAUCCAAAUCCAGAAACGAAACCUGCAAGACCUGACCCAAGAGACAUGGAUGAAGAUGAACUUGAAAUGCUUUCGGAAGCUCGUGCACGUCUAGCGAAUACACAAGGAAAAAAAGCAAAACGUAAGGCACGUGAAAAACAGUUAGAGGAAGCAAGGCGUUUAGCUGCGUUACAAAAACGUCGUGAAUUACGCGCAGCUGGUAUUGGCAGUGGUAAUCGUAGACGUAUCAAAGGAAUUGACUAUAAUGCAGAAAUACCAUUUGAAAAACGUCCAGCUCCUGGCUUUUAUGAUACAUCGGAGGAACUAAUUGACAAACAUGAGCCAGACUUCAAUAAAAUGAGGCAACAGGAUCUAGACGGUGAAUUGCGUUCAGAAAAGGAAGAACGAGAACGUAAAAAAGAUAAACAAAAAUUAAAGCAGCGAAAAGAAAAUGAAAUGCCUAUGGCAAUGCUGCAAAAUAGUGAGCCUGAGCGUAAACGCUCGAAAUUAGUUUUGCCUCAACCACAGAUUUCUGAUAUGGAACUGCAGCAAGUUGUUAAAAUGGGUCGAGCAAGUGAAAUGGCAAAAGAAAUUGCAGGAGAAAGUGGAAUAGAAGCUAAUGAUGCAUUGCUAGCUGAUUACUCUAUCACUCCACAGGUAGCGGCGACACCUCGCACACCUGCACCAUACACAGAUCGCAUUAUGCAAGAAGCACAGAAUAUGAUGGCCUUGACACAUGUAGACACACCACUAAAAGGUGGUUUAAAUACACCUUUACAUGAGUCUGACUUUUCUGGUGCCUUACCGAAAUCUGCAGCGAUAGCAACACCAAAUACAGUCAUUGCGACACCGUUUAGAACUCAACGUGGUAGUGAGUCUGGUACACCAGGAGGAUUUGCCACACCUAUGUCAAGCGCACUUGUUCCAGUAGGAAAAACACCACGUGGAGGUGCAACGCAAACACCAUUGUUCGUGCGUGAUAAGCUUAGUAUAAAUCCGGAAGAUAGUUUGAAUGUUAGUGAUACUCCUGCAUUAUAUAAAAACUAUCAGAUGCAGUUAAAAAAUAACCUACGCGAAGGGUUAGCUACUUUGCCUAUUCCCCGCAACGAUUAUGAGAUUGUUGUGCCUGAAAACGAUGAUAGCGAACAAGUAGAGAGUAAUGAAGUAGCAGUGGUUGAAGAUCAAGCUGAUGUUGAUGCUCGUUAUAUUGCUGAGCAAAAAGCGCAACGUCAACGGGAAUUAGAAAAACGUUCACAAGCCAUACAAAGGGCAUUACCGCGUCCCACAGAAGUAAAUACAAAAAUUUUACGUCCGCAAUCAGAAAAACAAAAUCUCACUGAAUUACAAAAAGCUGAGGAGCUUAUAAAGCACGAAAUGAUAACAAUGUUAUUAUAUGAUUCAGUGAAAGAUCCCGUGCCUGGACAAUCACAAAAUAAAAUGGAUCAAUUGCAAAGUUAUUUUAAAUCAAAUCCAUAUGAAGAAAUUUCAAAACAUGAGCUUGAACAGGCCAAAAAGAUGUUAACAGAUGAAAUGGAAUUUGUAAAAGAUGGUAUGGGCCAUGGGGAACUGCCUAUGGAUGUAUAUUCCCAAGUAUGGCAAGAAUGUUUAGGUCAAGUGCUUUAUUUGCCUUCACAGAAUCGUUAUACACGCGCUAAUUUAGCAAGUAAAAAAGAUCGAUUGGAAUCAGCAGAGAAACGCUUGGAACAGAAUCGUAGGCAUAUGGCCAAAGAGGCUAAGCGUUGUGGUAAAAUCGAGAAAAAACUAAAAAUACUUACAGGUGGUUAUCAGGCACGUGCCCAAGCACUUAUAAAACAACUGCAAGAUACUUAUGAACAAAUCGAACAAAACACGUUAGCCCUAUCCACAUUCGAGUUUCUUGCUAAACAAGAGGCUGUUGCUAUACCAAGACGACUUGAGUCACUACAAGAAGAUGUGAGGCGUCAAAUGGAACGUGAAAAAGAAUUACAACAGAAAUAUGGAAAAUUAGUAGAAGAGCGUGAGGAUUUAUAUAAAGAAAUAAAGAAUUUAGAAGCAGCUCUUGAGUGAAUUUCAGCAAAUUAUAAAUAUUUUUUCCAUCAACAUUAAAUUUUUACAUUAAA